UUUAUUUUAAAUACAUGUAAAACCGUCAGGCACCACCUACUUUGACGUCUUACCAAAGUGGCAACAGAAACAAGCAACAAUAACAACAAAACAAUAACUAUACAAAUACUAAGCAACGCACAUUUACACACUCACAGGAAAAUUCAAAUGGGCUUUCAUUAUAAAACCAAAAUAUAUGUGUAACUACAAUAAAAAAUGGCAGCUAAGUAAACAACACCGUCAAGAAGAGCAGACACAUCGCAACAUCGCGAAACACAUAGACAGCAACUGAAGCUGGGCGUCAAAAGAAGGUGGCUCGCAGAAAUCAAAACCAGGAAAUACAACAGUGCAACGCAUACCAAAAAACUUAAAAAGGCUCAGCUUUUUUUGUUGUGUUUUUGUAACUAGUCUAGUCUUCCAGUGCAGUGAAGUGAGCCCCGAACAUUAGCAACAUGUUGAAAUUCCUGCGAAUUAUUUGCAUUUGGAUUUGCUGCGCCUUCUGCUUGUUGGAGCGCAUACAGUUGCCAGCCGCCACAGCUGCUAUUGCAGCACCUUUUGAGUAUUUCGAGGAUCAUGACCAACUCUCCUACGACUUGGAUACUGAGCAGUCGAAAGCUAAAUAUGAUACACGUCUGCUGUCGGAACAAAUGUUGAAGACGGAAAAAUCCACUGAACGUUAUGAAAGUGCUGACAAUCAUGCGGGAGUUAGUAGUGGUAUUGGAGGGAGCAGCGCAACCAAUUCAGAACUGGACGACGACAUCGAAUCGGAAGCAGAUGCGGACGUGGAUGAUUUGCAACCGCAUGAACGUGCGGCAUCAUGUCACAACAAUGGCCACAAAUACACACACGGUCAAAAGGUACCGAGAUUAGACCCAUGUGAAGUAUGUCUGUGUAUGGAUGGUGAAAUAUUUUGCUGGUGGGAGCUAUGUGCCAAAACAUCUACGAACCAAAUCAAAAGCGGCUAUCAUUCAAUCUUACAGUUAGACACUUCAACAGCCAGAUUUAAUGAAAUGAGCAGCACUUCGGGCACGACAGUAUACCCCACCGUUGGCACAGUGAAACUGCAACAACAAUACCAAGAAUCACGACCCUAUGGCAUCAGCUUAGAUUUGAGUUCAUCGAAACAUGAACACCUCAGUGACAAUAACAAAAAUUAUCAACAAAAGGUUCAGGAAACCUCCACUGGUGGCGCAAAAUUGCUGCUGCAUACGCGUACAACCAAGUCGUGGCAGAAGAAGAAAACUUACCUACAACAACAAAGGCAAAAACAUGAUCAGGUGAAUCAACAUCAACAUAAGCACACACACGACCACACACUUGCUGAAGUGGCAACUGGCAAUGUGCCAUACUACGCCUACCACCCUCCAUCGCCAAUGUCAGCUAGCAAAAUUCUCAGCUUCCCAGAGAAUUUGCCGUCGGUGUUGUAUCACGACUAUCGCACCGAGGAGCAUCAACAUCACCAGCAUCAACAUCGUCAGCAGCAUUUGAAGCAUCAGCAAAAGAAGCUACAAUUGCAAAAGCAACGUCAGCAGCAACAGCAACUACAACGCAAACAACAAAUGCAACAACAUACACACAGUGUAUGGAAAAGCGGCGAGCACCAACCAACUCAACAUCAACACGACACUUCGGUGGCAAAAUCGGUACCAAAGAGGGGAUAUGAUUCAGCCUCGCCAUUGUAUACCGGCAGGGACAGCAGCAAUAUGGGCUUGAACACCAACUGGGGGCUGGUUGACGGUAAUGAAAAUGUCUACGAUGAUACCGACUCUGACAGCGACAUUCUGCCAGAGCCACCAACAAAGAAACCGAAAAUGACAGCGACUACAAGCACAGCCAUGGCUACAAUGACAGCUACAACAACAACACCAGAUAACAUAGCUAUAGGAAAUACAGAUUUAGGUGCUGGGUCACUAGCAGCAGCAGCAGUAGACGCUAGUGCAGAUGUUGAUGCAACUGGAGGCGUUGGUGUUGGCACACAAGCGUCUGGACACGUGCAACUACAGGAACGACAGCAAAGUGACAACAUCGUUGCCGACAACGAGAAGUCAUUAAAAAUGAAUGCAGCUGAUGAGUCGUCGCUCUCCUCUUCUUCUUCCACUUUAUUCUCAUCAACACUACCACCAUCAUCAUCUGCUGUGGUUAAUGUGGCUGCACCAGUGAAUCCAACGUCCACCGAAAUAACGGGCAAAACUGCGGAACACCAGGAAGAGGCAGAGUUUAAUCGUGAGAGCAGCGAAGAAGAUCAGGAUGAUGCUUUCCAUCGUUGGCUCACAUCCACCGAAAUGAACAGCAGCAACAAGAAUAACAACAGCAAUUCCUUGGAAGGCAGUGUUACACCAGCACGUCCCACAAAUUUGUCUGGUCUCACUGGGGCGAAAAAUAUUAAUGAAACAUCAGCAACAAAAUCAUUAAAUGGCACUAAGUCACAUAAGGGAGGCAACAAUAGAAAUAGCAACAGAAACAGAUACAACAACAAUAACAACAGCAAAAUUGGCAAUGUUUAUUUUCGCAGUUCCUACAAUGACUACAGCAGCGAAUACAAUGGCAGUGUGGUGAAUAUCGAUAUAUUGCUCACCACGGCGGAUGAGCAACAGCAAACGCAGCAACAACAGAAGCAGCAGGCGGAUUUAAUUACGCAACCAAGCAGUAAUUCACAACAGACGACAGGGGUAACAGCAACAGUAACAGCAGAAGCAGACGCAGCUAUCAACAUCUCCAGCUCAGCGGUGGCCACAAAUACAACAACGCUGCCAAUUGUUAGCGUACAAACGAACAGUCCGGAACGACAAUGCAAUGUUAUGGGCACACUGUAUAAAAUCGGCGAUGUACUGCCACAGGAUACCGGAAAUUGCCUGCAAUGUGUGUGCAUAGAUGGCUCGACGAGGGAUGACAUACCGCGCGUCACCUGCAGUCCGCACAAUUGUCCGCCACUAGUGCUGCCCGAUCUUUUCGAUGCCACAGGAUAUUAAACAGCGAAACUGAUGGUAACCUACCAAACAACAACUCGCAUAGGCCAACGCGUUUGGUGAUUUACCAUUAAAUCACAUACAUGCAUACACAGUGGACUGCAGCGAAAUUACUAAAAAUAAAAAACAGCGAGAAACUAUCUAAAAUUAUCACUCCCCUGUUGGUGCUGGCAGUAUCGAUAACGACGCGCUUCGCUGGUAGUUCAUCAACUGAAGCAAUUCAUGUCGCCGAACGUUGAAAGCUAAUAAAUCAAUAAUCAAUCUUCGGUCAAAUCAAAAAUAUACCGUCAAGGCAUAUCCACCAACAAAUCAGACUUUCAAAGAAACAUCAACGUUAAACGUAAACAUAUACACACACACACUUAGAACAAACCAAAUUCCUUCCAAUGUAUACUUGCACACAACUACAGUCCGCAGAGAAGCUCAAGUAAGUGUUUAGCAUAUAGAAAAAAAAAUAAAUAAUAGUUUAAUGCUAAAUAGAUGCGCGAAAACUCAAACAAAAUUGAAAUACCAAAAACAAUGUAAUAUAAGUUAUGUUAGCAAAAGAGAAUAUAGAUUUUUUUAAGUAUACACAUACAAUAUACAUACAUGCAUACUUACACAUCAUUGAGCUCUAAAAACAAAUUGAAAAACACAUAAACAGAAAAAACAAAGCGUUAUGAGACUACUGGUAUAGACUUUAUUUUAAGUGUUAGUAUAUUAAACGACACACAUGCAUACAUACAUAUAUAAGCUGUGUGCAUAUUUCACUAUAAUAAAAUAAAAAUAGAAUGUGUGUAAUAUAAGAACCAGAGCAAAGUAAUUUAAUAAAUAUGAUUAAAAAAAAUUAUUUCUAGUGAGAUUUAAGUUGAUGAAGGUAUAAAGGAAGCUCUAAAAAAUUAAAUUCGCACAUAAUAUAGUAAAUAACUAAGUUGAAAUAAAUAGGUAUAAGAAAACUGAACUAGUAAAACUGAACAAAGACAAAUAAUUCAAUUCCUUAACAAAACUUCCGUUAAGUUAAAUAAGAAAUACUCGUACUUGCAACACAAGAUACUCGUGUAA